AUGGAGAGUCCACUGGUUGCUAUGGCUGCUGAGAGAGCAAUGGGGCCACUGAUAGAAGUGGUGAAAGAGGCGGUGCUGGCAGCAGUCAGAGAGGAGCUGAAUGAGCUGCGGAAGAUGCUGAUUGUUGUGGAGGAGAGGAACGAGGCAACUGCUGCAGUGGUGAAGGAGAGGGAGGGUGAGUUGGCUGCACACAAGCAGUUAACUUCAUUGCAGUUGGAGGAAGCUGAGAGGAGACGAGUGGCGGAGAUGAGGGACUUGAGAGGGCAGGUGGAGGAGAGGAAGAGGGAGAUGGAAGCAGUGAAGGGUGCGAUGCUUGAGCAUGAGAGAAGGAGAGACUCGGAUAUCCGAGAGAUGAGAGAGAAGCUAAUUGCAUACCUGGCGGCAGUAAAGGGGGAGCUGGGUGAGGUGAAGGAGGAGGUGGGUGAAGUAAAUGGGGAGGUGGGUGAAGCAAAUGGGGAGGUGGGUGAAGCAAAUGGGGAGGUGGGUGAAGCAAAUGGGGAGGUGGGUGAAGCAAAUGGGGAGGUGGGUGAAGCAAAUGGGGAGGUGGGUGAAGCAAAUGGGCAGGUGGGUGAAGCAAAUGGGGAGGUGGGUGAAGCAAAUGGGGAGGUGGGUGAAGCAAAUGGGCAGGUGGGUGAAGCAAAUGGGGAGGUGGGUGAAGCAAAUGGGGAGGUGGGUGAAGCAAAUGGGGAGGUGGGUGAAGUAUAUGGGGAGUUGGGUGAAGUAAAGGGGGAGGUGGGUGAAGCAAAUGGGGAGGUGGGUGAAGCAAAUGGGGAGGUGGGUGAAGUAUAUGGGGAGUUGGGUGAAGUAAAGGGGGAGGUGGGUGAGCACAAGCAGUCAACUACAUUGCAGUUGGAGGAGGCUGAGAGGAGGCGAGUGGCGGAGAUGAGAGGGCAGGUGGAGGAGAGGGAGAGGGAGCUGGCAGCAGUGAAGGGGGAGUUGGCUGAGAAGAAGGAUGCUCUCAUGAGGAUGGAUGAGAUGAGAGCGGAGUUGCUUAGGGAGAGGGUGGAGAGGGUGAAAUUGGCAGCUAGGAAUUCGAUGAUUGCGGAGCAGUGGAUCAGCCGCAGUGAAGGUCAUCAAAAGACUGCAUGGGAGGUGAGUGUUGAGAGUGCAUUAGGCUUCAGUGCAGAGGGCAUCAAGCACCUCUACAGGCUGCCACGGCUGGAGAAGCUUAGCUUCCACAACACGGAAGUAUUAGACGAUGCCUUGGAAGGCAUUGGGUUCUUAACCAAUCUCGAACAACUGUAUUUCGUGAGGAGCAAGGUGACCGAUGCAGGUUUGGCGCACUUGACAGCUCUGUCCUCUCUCAAAUGGCUGUGGCUUGCUGACUGCAAGGGUGUGACAAAUGCUGGCAUGGUGCAUGUGGGGAAGCUGACGAGGCUUGAGAACCUUCAUCUGAAUGGCACGGCAGUCACAAAUGAUGGGCUGCAGCAGCUGGGUGCCCUGACCAAGCUGAAAACACUUUGGCUGCCAUAA